CAUCGCAUUUCCUUUCCUACAGUCCUUUGCUCUUCCAGUCUUCCUUGUUUGCGUGCGUCUCCUUCAAUUCUUGCCUCUCUAACAUUGGCAUCCCAGUUCUCUGAAAAAGCACAAGAAGGAUUUAUAGAUGACGACUUCAAACUCGCCGUUCAACUUUACUCCAAAGCCAUUCACUUGGACCCUAACAGUGCUGAUCUUUUCGCCGACCGAGCUUAAGCCAACAUCAAACUCCACAACUUCACUGAAGCUAUUACCGAUGCAAACAAAGCAAUUGAGUUGGAUCCCACUAUGUCUAAGGCAUACCUGCGCAAAGGCACUGCCUUUAUGAAGCUUCAAGACUAUUGUGGUGCAAAAGAAGUCCUUGAAAAAGGUGCUUCUCUAGUGCAGAAUGAUCCCCGAUUCACGAAGAUGAUUAAUGAAUGUGCUUUGCUUGCAGGAGAGAAAGAAACUCUAAUUAAGCCCGUGACCCCAAGUUCGCCUCCUAGUCCUACACCAGCUUCUGUUGGCUUCCGUCACAUGGAGCCUGCAUUGUCAAUUAAAGCAAGAUACAGACAUGAAUACUACCAGAAGCCUGAAGAAGUGGUUUUAACAAUCUUUGCCAAGGGAAUACCGGCAAAAAAUGUGGCUGUUGACUUUGGUGAACAAAUUGUUAGUGUUUCCAUAGAUGUCCUUGGAGAAGAUGUAUAUCAUUUUCAACCUCGAUUAUUCGGAAAGAUAAUACCUGAGAAGUGCAGAUAUGAAGUACUUUCAUCCAAAAUUGAAAUAUGCCUUGUAAAAGUUAUGUUCCAUGUUGUUAAUCAAAGCCCUUUAUACGAGGUGUUAUCCUCGCUUUUAUUAGAGCAUAAGUGGGAACAUUUUGGAUCUCAGCAGCCUGCAUACCCAUCUUCUAAGUCAAAGGCAAAAGACUGGGACAAGUUCAAAGCACAAGUGAAGGAAAAGGAAAAAGAAUAGAAGUUGGAUGGUGAUGUGGCUUUGAACAAAUUUGUCCGCGAUAUUUAUCAAAAUGCAGAUGAAGACAUGAGGAGAGCCAUGAGCAAAUCUUUUGUGGAGUCAAAUGGGACUGUGCUAUCAACAGAUUGGAAAGAAGUGGGUUCCAAGAAGGUUGAAGGCAGUGCACCUGAUGGGAUGGAGUUGAAGAAAUGGUAAUAUUGAGGCAGUGGGCUGUAUCUAUGUUGAUUUUCUGUAUGUGCCACCGAUUCUUAUUUAGUUUCGGUUUUUCCCCCUUUGUUAUGGGGAUUUACAGAUUACCAAGUUCACAUUUUUUUGAUUCCUUCCUGUUCCUAUGGAAUGGUAGAAUACAGGAUAAUUGUUUCAUUGAUUAUAUAUCUAUCUCUAAUAAAUUGUAGUUGAUAAA